UGCCGUGUCUCUCCUUCCUCCCAGCCUGGCGGGUCUCGGCGGUGACCGUGUGGAAGCGCCAUUGUUCCAGCUACAGUUUUAUGUUGUAGCCGUGGCGAACGAUCCAUAACGAACAAACCUGCAUCCUGAGACUCAACACUAAUACUUUUCAAAACUUUUACUGCUCAAACAAGAAGUUGAGGAAUUCCAGGAUAUCUUCUGGAGAGUGUGCUUGUGCUCCCGUCCACAAGCUACAAUGAUCACCAGAAGAAGAGGCCGUACCAUCAACAAUACCGAGGUGCAGUCUGUUGAGGUUGAAGUCACAGAUGCUGUGGAGACAGUAGAAAAUCUCCCGAGUCCAUCAGAGUGCCUGCCAUCUGAGGAGCUCAACACAGACGGAUUUGAGCUAGAUGAUUUAUUUGGAAUUGAAGACCUGAAAUGGACAUUUGAAAGAGAUGCAGUCACCCCAUUCUUUGAUAUUGGGCUGACCGAAUUGGGUGCGAAUGAUAAUGAUUCCACAAAUGAAACAUCAACCCCAUCUCCAGAGAGAAUAUUUCCUGACCUGAGGAUCAAGCGCAGACAAAACCACUCUGGUCACAUGAUCAACAAAAAUGCCAUUGCUGCCAGGUUGAAUCGUCUCAAGAAGAAAGAAUAUGUUAGUGGGCUGGAGAAGAAAGUCGGCUUUCUAUCGACCGAAAACCAUGUGCUCAAACAGGAAAAUUCCCAGUUGACCAAGAGAGUGGAGGAGCUGGAAGAUGAAACCAGGUAUCUGAGGGCCGUGCUGGCCAACGAGAGCAUGUUAGCCCAGCUCUUGUCCAGGCUGAGCGGUGUGAAUGGGAUGAAAUUAUCUUCCUCACUUUUCCAGGGGUCCAACUCAAAUGAUCACGACUAUGCACUCCCCAGGAAACGUGUGAAAGUGGAGGAGAAAGAGACAUCUGGUGGCGUGUGUCUGCACGUGGACAAGAACCACGUCUCAGUGGAGUUCUGCACUAAGUGUGCAGAGAGUGCAAGCACAUCACUCAAAAUGUAGGGUCAAGUACUUAUCUCUGUUUUCAGAUAUUGAGACUGAACUUGAUAAGGCUCAGUGUAAUGAACUUCAUGGGGAUUGAUGAACACUGUUGAAUUAGCUACGAUUACCUAAGAACUUCUGAAUGUGCAUGUUGUAAAGUGUGAUGAAGCCGAUUGAGUUACACGUUACUGCUAAACCUUGUUGACAGUUUUCUUCUAGGUAAUGGUUGAUCUGCCAUGCGGGAUGAGUGGCUUUCAGAACACCUUUGCCUGCUUGACUCCAUGUGGAUUCUGCUGUUGGAAGUGGAAGAGGCUGGACAAGCUGCUGCCAACGUGGCCUGGUAUUUUUUUAAAGGUAGUAUCGGUAACAAAUGGUGUAAGUGACUACAUUAUACCAAAUUCUCCACAACAUCUUUAUCUCUCAGCAGUGUAGCUCCUGCAUCUUAUACUCAGGGGUGACUACAACUGCUCCAUUCCUUGUAGCAACAAUAAAUUGAGGCUUUAUGGUCUCAUAAUUAUGUCUUGUAUAUAUUGACAUUUUGGAGUGUAAUUGCUUAACUCUUCCAAAAUGACCUGGUUGAAAUGGUUAGUCACCAGUUUUGUAUAUGAAAGUCUGUAACAAUGUUAAUGUGUAUAUACAUAAUUUUGAUCUGAAUAAGCAUUGUUUGAGGAACAUGGAGAAAUGUUUGACAAAUAAAUCAUAUUUUCAUUAUUCUUUCAGUUAAAAAUAUCUGCUCUGCGUCUUGUUCUGUGCUGUUUAUUAAUGCAUCUCUCUUUCUCUUCCUGAACAGCAAGCUCUCUGCAGAUAAAGGUCUUACUUUUCCUGAACAUUUGGGUCAAGUCUGGUAAAGGUUCUCAGAACAAAAGACCAAGAAGGCCAAAGCUUUACACUUUUUGGUUAAAGGGAGACACCACUGAAUUUCAGCAUUCACAUGUUAUUCCAGUUCCUUAAAGGGGGUAGUUUGGAAGUUUUGACAGUUUGUAUGAGCCCCUGAUCAAAAGCAGUAUUGAUAAUCUCUGACAGUUAGUUCUCUAGUUGGAGAUACCCAGGCCUGGAAGGACAACAACAGCAACAGCUAGGAUGAAAGUGAUUAGUUCAGGCUCCAAACCCAUGAAGUGUCAUUUGCUGCUCUAUACAGUUAUAAUAGAUUCUCCAAGUUUGAGCAGUCAGCUCCCUGCCUGUUGUGAGAACAAGCGCUUCAGCAGGACUGUUUUCAAACAUGAAUGAGCUUGAUUUGGCCCCGCAAACAACACGAUUUUGAAUGACAGCCAAAAGCUUGAACGUUUUUUGAUUUGAUUUUUUUGCUACUUGUCGGAACUACUUUGUUUCUGUAUCACUAUGCAGAAACUUGCAAGGAGAGUAAGCAAACAGUGCAGAGGGGGACUGUUGUGUGGUGAUAUAGAGACAAAGUAGUUCCACCAGUUAGCAAGCUAGAGGACUGGAGAAGACCAUCGAUAAUUGAUCCUGAAUGAAAAUGCUGUGCAGUCCUUAAGAAUGUUUUUUCUAACUUGGGGUCACUGCUCAAAAUCAUGUUUGCGAGGCCAGAUCCAUUUCAUUCAUUUUGGAGAACCAUUCCAGUGAAGUGCUCGUUCUUAACACAGGCAUGCAAUCGAUGGGUCAAACUUGGAGGGUCAGCUACUUAUGGAGCAGCAAAUACCACUAUAUGGGUAAGAACCUAAACUGUUGUGGUGUAAGAUGCCUUUUGUCAUUUAGAGUGACCAACAGGCCAAAAACAUACACAACAGAAUACACCAUAUCUUGUGUAUUUUUGCUGCAUUACUGUGCUUUCAGACUGUUCCUGAUAUUGGAACCAUUUGGUAAAGAAUACCAGUACUAUUAUGAAGUGGAGCCUGAUAGCAUUUCACACACCCUGCACAGGCGACCUGCAGACUCUGCUCUGUCUCGUAAGGUUGGGGUUCAAAAUAGCUCCAAUAUGCAGUAAGAUCAGCACAGAAAAGCAGUGAAAAUACAGAUUAUAUUUUCUGUUGUGCACACUGAAUCUUCAUUUUUUUGAUUGCUCUACUGAUCAAAAAGUUGGUCCUGUUUGCUGCAGCUCUUGUCCCUUGAUCUGGGGCUGCGAUCUCUGCUGGCCCAGAGAUUCCCAGCCAGAGGACUCAGUGCUUGAGAUUAUGUCUGAGCAAAGUUAACAUUCAUGGUCAGUAUCUCAAACAACCCCAUGUCAGAAACUGCAAACUAUCCCUGUAGAGUGAAAUACACAAAACUCAAUGUGCAUGUUGUUACAAUCCUACACACCGAUGCCAAUAUCUAUGUACAUGAACCAGUCUAGCAUUUAAAAAAAAAAAAAAA